UGUAUUUACAACACCUGUUGAAUAGCCGCUAGUCGUCUUUUUCGUGGUGUUUUAUUUUACGACAACACCGAAGUAAUAUUUGAACCGUGAUAAUUGUGAAAUAUUUAAUGUUGGGCACCAUUAGAGUGAAAUGACGAGGACCUUGCUAGAAAUUUGUGUUGAUUCUUUCGAAUCGGCUGUGGCAGCGAUACGUGGAGGAGCAGAUCGGCUCGAACUUUGUGCUGCCCUAAGUGAGGGUGGUCUUACGCCGUCCGUUGGACUUCUCGUUCAGAUACGUGAUUUUAUAGCUCGGGAAGCUCCCAGUCACGAGUCACCAAAAUUAUUCGUAAUGAUACGAUGCCGUCGAGGUAGUGAUUUUUGCUACAGUGAACCGGAAAUGCAGAUUAUGCUAUAUGAUAUGAAACUUCUCGCUGAAGCUGGUGCCGAUGGGUUUGUGUUUGGAGCACUGACCGAUAACGGAGAGAUUCAUCGGGAACACUGUCAGCGGAUUGCAGCAGAAGCACAGGCUGUCAACAAACCGUUGACUUUCCAUCGGGCCUUCGAUUGCACGAAUCGUGAGCAGAUGUCCGAAACAUUAAAGGUCCUUGUUUCGUUGGGUUACAGCACGAUUCUUACUAGUGGCUUUGAGAAGACAGCUUGGACAGGUGUGGAAACUAUCGCUCGACUUGUCCAAUUGGCUACAGAGAUUGAGGCUAGCUCCGGCGCAUUGGUAACCAUUAUGCCCGGAUCAGGCUUAACGCAAUUCUACGCUGCGGAAAUUAUACGAAAGACCAAGUGUGCUGCAAUUCAUGCAUCGGCUAGGUCUUUGAAAAAAUCUACCCGGCCGAAUUCCCUUUCAAUGGGUGGAAACUCUGCUGAUAGCGAAGGGUUGUUGGUUUGCAAUGAGACAAUUGUUCGUCAAAUUAACAGCUUAAUAGAUGCUGUCGCGAUCUCUGAACGCUACAGACCUAGGUCUAACCGUACGGAACGGUCAAAGUGACAGCCCUGUGCGUUGUUCAAUCUUUACUACAGGUCGAAUUUAUUUCUACUUUAACCAUCUUAAGUAUAAAAAAAACGUUGUUUGUUCUAAUCACAAGUAAUUACGAAAAGGAUCUUCACUGUGCAGUAAAAAUAGGCAUAAAAGCUCAUACUACACCUAUGCAUGCUAAUGCUUCGCAUUUUUAUUUUCUCGUCAAUAAAAUUUAUAAUUAUAAUAAACAAAUACUUAAUGCUUUUAAA